GCGCUUUGAACACAGAUGCGGAGCGGUGGCUCUUCUGCUCUGAGCGCCACUGAACAGAGACACGGACAGCACCAUGACUGCGAACGCAUACGACGUGAUCGUGAUUGGCGGAGGCAUCUCAGGUCUGAGUGCCGCCAAGCUGCUGGUGGAGAACGGCCUGAAUCCUGUGGUCCUGGAGGCCAGAGGCCGUGUUGGUGGAAGAACCUACACUGUUCAGAAUAAGGAGGCCAAAUGGGUGGAUCUGGGAGGAGCAUACAUUGGACCGACUCAAAACCGCAUUCUGAGGAUAGCCAAACAGUAUGGGGUGAAAACAUACAAAGUCAACGAAGAGGAGUCUCUAGUUCAUUAUGUGAAGGGGAAGUCUUAUCCAUUCAAAGGGUCUUUCCCUCCUAUGUGGAACCCUUUCGCCUACAUGGACUACAACAACCUCUGGAGGACAAUGGAUAAGAUGGGAAUGGAGAUUCCUAAAGAAGCUCCAUGGAGAGCCCCACAUGCUGAAGAAUGGGACAAGAUGACCAUGCAGCAGCUCUUUGACAAGAUCUGCUGGACCAGGUCGGCUCGCCGCUUUGCCACUCUGUUCGUCAACGUGAACGUGACCUCCGAACCCCAUGAGGUUUCGGCUCUGUGGUUUCUUUGGUACGUCAAGCAGUGCGGCGGCACAAUGAGAAUCUUCUCUACCACCAAUGGAGGACAGGAGCGCAAGUUUGCUGGCGGUGCCAAUCAGAUCAGCGAGGGGAUGGCGAAAGAGCUGGGCGAUCGAGUGAAGCUGAGCAGAGCUGUGUGCAGCAUUGACCAUACUGGAGACCUGGUGGAGGUCAGGACGGUGAAUGAGGAGGUUUACAAGGCCAAAUAUGUCAUACUUGCCAUACCCCCCGGGCUAAACCUGAAAAUCCAUUUCAACCCUGAGUUGCCGCCUCUGAGGAACCAGCUCAUUCACAGAGUGCCCAUGGGCUCAGUCAUCAAGUGCAUGGUUUACUACAAAGAGAACUUCUGGAGGAAGAAGGGAUACUGUGGCAGCAUGGUGAUCGAGGAGGAAGAUGCACCUAUUGGUCUCACACUAGACGACACUAAGCCAGAUGGGUCUGUGCCUGCUAUAAUGGGUUUUAUCCUGGCACGGAAAUCACGAAAACUAGCAAAUCUGACGAGGGAUGAGAGAAAGAGAAGGAUCUGUGAGAUUUAUGCUCGUGUGCUGGGAUCAGAGGAGGCGCUACAUCCUGUGCACUAUGAAGAGAAAAACUGGUGUGAGGAGGAAUAUUCUGGUGGCUGCUAUACCGCCUACUUCCCUCCCGGUAUCAUGACACAGUUUGGCAGGGUCUUGCGGGAGCCGGUGGGCAGGCUGUACUUUGCAGGAACUGAAACGGCCACGGAGUGGAGUGGUUACAUGGAGGGGGCCGUGCAGGCGGGAGAGAGAGCCUCUAGAGAGAUUAUGUGUGCAAUGGGCAAACUCCAUGCGAGUCAGAUCUGGCAGUCAGAGCCCGAAUCAAUGGACGUCCCAGCUCGGCCGUUUGUCACCACCUUCUGGGAGAGAAACUUGCCAUCAGUUGGAGGUUUCCUCAAGUUUAUGGGUGUGUCCUCCUUCCUGGCAGUAGCCACAGCAGCGGGAUUGGUCGCCUGCAAAAAGGGGGUCCUCCCACGGUGUUAAAGCCCCUCUCGCUUUCCGUAAAGCUGUUCUCUGUGAGCUGGCCUUGUGAUUGUGGCGUCCAAUCACUUAAUCAGGGCCAUAAUGCUGACUGGGUAUGUGGCCAAGCUACCUAGAUGAGUUUUGACACAAUCGCUCAGUCAUUAAAAAAAUUAACCAAGUGAUCAUGGCAUAAUGAGUAGCUACUAAUUGUUAAUGUGGUAAUUGCCCUGUCAAACAGUUCACAAACAAGCCACAUUAAAUGAAAUGGAAGUGUGACAUUCCAUAACCAUUUACUGCGUGUGUUUGCAAGGUAUGUGUGUGUUUUCACCAGUCUUAUUGAUUACCUCUGCUAAUAUCAGGUGCUGUUCUCAGGAACUCAUUAAUUAUCCUUCCAAAACAACAAAGUAACAUUACUGAGAUUAGAUUAGAUUAGCGACAUGUUUUAUUAUGCUUUGUGACAAUAUCUUUUUACAUAAUGCAACACAGCACAGCACAAUUCACUAUAUCAUUCACGAGAGAAGCAGAGGCUGUUCAUAUCGUAUUAUGAAUAACACGCCAUGACAAUGUUAAAUUACCAUUAGCACUUGAUGUGUCUGGUAGCAAAAUGAAGUUAAGCAGUCAUAAAGAGCCGAUUUGAAAGAUGUCCCAGUGUUUCAUGUCAUUUCUAAAAGCUGCUGUGUUUUGUGUCGAGAUCUGUGUCUGAUUGAAUCACACGAAAGCAUUUGAAUGUACUUUGACAUAUUACUUUUCUUUUUUAUGUAACGCAGACCAGUGUAUACUUGAAAUAUAGAUUAGUUUUUUGACAUACAUUGUCAACCGUUCUCAUUGUCCUCUAAGAAUUACAUAAUAGAUUAUUAAACAUAAAAAAAAUAUAUUUUAUGUAAUUCAUUGUCAUGUUUUAGAUUAAUAUAAAGGCUUUCCCAGUUUAUCUAAACAGUUUAAAGAGUUCUUUCUUCUUUAUUUCCCCAUCCACAAACAUUGAGAUAGAUAGAUAGAUAGAUAGAUAGAUAGAUAGAUAGAUAGAUAGAUAGAUAGAUAGAUAGAUAGAUAGAUAGAUAGAUAGAUAGAUAGAUAGAUAGAUAGAUAGAUAGAUAGAUAGAUAGUGUCAUUGCCUCACCUUUGUAGGAGUAACCUGUGCAAUAUUAUUUAAAGAAAAAUUAUAACAGUUAUAGAGAUACAUCAGUAAUUAUGUACACAGCUAUGGAAAUAAUUUAGAGAACCCUGACUAUUGUCAUUUUCUCUGGAUUUAUCAUUUAUAGUGAUGCGUUUGGGUUUUAUUCUGUAAACUAGUAAUGACAUAUCUUCCAAAUUUAAAAUUAUUGUGAUUUUAUAUUUAUUGUCAUUGCAUAAAACAAUAAAAAGGCAGUGUUUUUAGAAAUUUAAUUUAUUUUUAGAUGAUUCAAUACAAUUUUUUAAACUACGAAACAGUUAAGACAACAAUAUUUGGUGGAAUAGCCCUAAAAAAUGCCAUUUUUUCCAUAGCUGUAUCAUAUCUAAGCAAAUGCUAUAUUGGUAAGAACAAAAAGUAGAUUCAUUUACUCCAUAUACAUUUAUUUAAACGAGUCUAAAAUGUAAUUACCUGAAAAUGCAGCCCAAAAAAAGAGAUUUGAAAAGGAAUAGUGUUAUUGUGUGUACAUUUUUGUCGUUCCAAAGAUGCGUUGUAACUGUUGUUUGUGGUGCCUUACUCUGAUGUAUGUUUCCUCAUUUCUCAAGUGCCUCUUGUGCUGAUGAGCUCCUCCAAUCAUGAACAUUGUCCUCGGGUCAGUCACUGGCUGCUUUAGGUGAUGCUUUAUAAAAACACACUGAUGACUAAACAGAAUCCUGUGGAGAAUAAAACAUAUGUAAAGCUCUUCCUGAAGAAGCCAGUGUUGACCCAGGACUGUCAGAAUCUGAGGCAAAGCCAAUCCUGACUGUUGACUAGAACUGUUUGAUAAGAACAAUUGACUGUCGUAGUUUGAGUCUGGCCAACUGUGAACUUAGUGACGAUGAUGUGGUGACUCUUUCACAUGUUGUAGCUGCUGUUAACUCCUCCACCUGGUGUUAGUGAAUCGUGCCUCUCUUGUUUGUCUGUGUGCCGUUGAUGCUUUUCCCCAAACCUUAUUUACCCGACCUGUCGACGCCUACUUCAGUUUGCAUAGCUGCCCUGCUAAGUUCAGUCCCUUUUGUCUGAUUUUUGUGUGCGUAUCAAAAUGUCCAAUGGUCUAGUCCUGUAAUUGCAUUAUUUGAUCCCUUUGUACAAAUCCAACGACUGAUAAUAAAAGUGUGUGAUUUACCACCA